UGCUGCAGAAGCGAGGAGGCUUGGGCUACCUGAAAAGACGAAGGCUGCAAUCCUAGAUGCACUCCUGCCUAGCAGUAGAUAUGCCCAAGGUUGUCUUGCAGCAUCUACCAUUUGGCGUGAGCUUUUCGGAGCUUUUCGGAACUGGAACGUGCGUCAACAGUAGGGUUAGUGGGAGAGUAAUCAGCUUUUAUUGAUAUAGCUGUGGAUGACCAGUGCCAAAAUGUCUUUGUGGAGCCUCAUCUCUGACAUGCCUCCAGAGCGGUUCAGCAACCUCUAUGAAGAGUUUCCUCGUAAUGUACGGUGCCUCCUGGGGGACUGGUUGGAAAACCAGCCUUGGGAAUUCAUCAACAGAUCAGACCAUUUCUGUGUCUUUCUGGCUGCAAGGCUGUUAUCUGCCAUGGUGGAGAGAUUACAAGAUCUAGCCAACAAAAAUUGCCAAUCCGGGCCAAUUCUUCAGCUCAUUGCCAGCAUUGAGAAUACAUAUCAGGGAAACCCACUGCAUUUGGUAGGGGUUAUAAAAGGAAUCCUAGAAGGAGAACAUGCAGCAGUUCAAGAAAAGUUUCAGCAUAUGCCCCUCUCUAUCCAACGCCAACGAGAAGAGCUGAUGUUUGGGUUCAAUCUGCAAAAGCUGCAAUACAGAGUGCAAGAGAUCCAGAAACUCCAAGAGCAGAUGAAUGGCAACACAAGAGCUUCUGUGCAGGUAAACACACUGGACCUGCAAUUUCCAACCCAAGAAAACCUUCAAGGGGCUUCUCCCCAAAAUCUUCAAACUCUGUUUCUGAAUACGGUUGGUGAGCUGGAAGAGGCAAAGAAAUGUCUGUUGGUGAGACUUCUGAUCUGGAAAAGGCAGCAACAGCUGGCUGGAAAUGGAAUGCCCUUUGAUGAGGACUUGACUCCUCUGCAAAAGAGGCUUGAAAACCUGGUGGAUAUUUGUUUCCAACUCCGUCUGCAGUUGGCACCCUCUGGAAUUGAGCUGCAGUCUCGUCUUCAGGAACGUCUGGAUAAUAUAUUCAGUGGCCUCAUCAAAAAAUCAUUUCUUGUGGACAAACAGCCCCCACAAGUUCUGAAGACUCAAACCAAAUUUCAAGCCACUGUCCGCUUCUUGCUGGGGCCUCACUUGCUCAAACCUCCGCAUACAUCCUUUAUGGUCUCAGCUGACAUUGUGACAGAAAAACAGGCACGAGAGCUAACCACCAGCCAUUCUGGGGCUAUCUUCAGUGAAAGCUCUGGAGAAAUUGUGAACAACACAGCUCCUUUGGAGACGAAUGUCACAAACAACACGUGUUGUGCUCUCUUCAAGAAUAUGCUCCUAAAGAAGAUCAAGCGCUGUGACCGCAAGAGCACAGAGUCUGUGACUGAAGAAAAAUGUGCUAUUCUUUUCAGCGUUACUAUUAGCCUUGGCCCCAACAAAACCAACUUCCAUCUUCAGGCCCUGUCAUUGCCCAUUGUGGUGAUCGUCCAUGGCAACCAGGACAACAAUGCCAAAGCCACCAUCCUGUGGGACAAUGCUUUUGCUGUUCCUAAUCGCAUCCCCUUUGUGGUGUCUGAGCGUGUCAGCUGGGAUGCCAUGUUUGACACUCUCAACCAGAAGUUCAUGGCUGAGGUACAGACCACUGAAGGCCUACAGAAGGAUCACUACUUCUUCUUGGCCCAGAAGAUCUUCGAUGACAAUACUGCCACUCUGGAAGAAUUCCAGAAACGCCAUGUGUCAUGGUCUCAGUUCAAUAAGGAGAUGCUUCCCGGGAGAGGAUUCACAUUUUGGCAGUGGUUUGAAGGAGUUCUCGACCUGACCAAGAAAUACCUGAAAGAUUACUGGUCUGGCAGACUCAUCAUAGGCUUCAUCAGCAAACAGUAUGUUUUCAGGUAUCUGAGCAAUGCACCAGUUGGCACCUUCCUGCUACGCUUCAGUGACUCCGAGAUUGGUGGCAUCAGCAUCGCCUAUGUCACCUACUGUCAGGAUGGUACCACACAGGUGGAAAACAUCCAGCCAUUCACAGCAAAGCAGCUGUUCAUCCGUUCACUUGCUGACUGUGUUAUGGAUCUAUCACAGCUCGAGACACUGUAUCCUGAUAAGCCCAAACUUGAAGCUUUUGGGAGGUUCUAUAACACAGAGAAACCUACAAAGACGCCAUAUAUCCCCGCCAAGUUGAAGAUAACUGUGGACAUGCCUUGCUCAUACUCAGCUUCAUCAGUUCAGAACCCAGCCAUGAGCAAGCUCCAUGGGCAACCUGGAAUGCCUUCUGAUCCAGCUUAUCAUGAAGAUCCAAUGAUGUUUACAACAUCCAUGGACUUAUCUUCUUCUAUCAGCACAACAUAUGGAAGCCCACAGUUGCCUGAAUUAAUGACAUACAAUCUGGGAAAUGCUUCACCCCUUGGUCCAGUGGAGCCAUAUCCAAUGCAGCCAGUUGUCGAUAUGGAUGUCUGCAUGUCUGGUAUCACCCCAACAUGUGCAAGGGAUCUUCAGCUCCAUGUAGUACCAAACCAGAUCAGUAUGCCUGACACAAUUUUGCCACCCUCUGAUGAAGAACUCGACCAUCUACUAGAUUCUAUGCAUGACCUGAAUCGCUUCUGUCAGGAUCCAGCAUGACUGUCCUCUGUUCAGAAUCUCCAUAUCCAGAGCUUUGGAGGGACUUUUAUGGACUGCAGAGCCAUCAAGUCUGGACACACUAGAGCCAUGUUGGUUGAUGUCCCCAGAUUUUGUGGCUCCACCCAUGCCUGCGCUCAGAAUGCUCAGACCCGCUCUUGAAUCAAGAGCAGCUUCGAUUCUGUGUUGGAACAGACUGAUGAAACUGUAUGCUCCGCCAAGGUGCUUUUGCCAGUUUUGACUAGGCUGGGGAGCCCUGCUACUAUGUUCUCCCUCCCUUGUUGCUUGACACUGUCCUCUGGGGGUACAGGGCAAGAUGGCCCUGGAGCUACUUCUGAACUCUUGGGAGUGACAGGCUUCCUGUUGUAAAAUGUUGUACUUUGAUCACCAGCCCAGACAAGGAAAUGCUUUCUCAAGAUCUUUGGACUCAGAUGCUCUCUUGGGUUAAGCUUGGUUGGGCAGCCAAUUCCUUCAUAUAUCCACUUUGAGCAGCUGGGCAUAUGGAAUUACUCCAGUUGGGUCUUCUGUGCCAUUUUUCCAGAAGGGACACCAUAUUCCUGCCCAAGAUUAAACAUCCAGAAAUCCAUUGAACGUCACAGUGCUGGUCCUCCUAUGAUGCAAAGUGAGGUGAGAUUGUGGAUAUUUGGAAGGUGAGAAAUGGGGGAAAGUGGUGGAAAGGUGCUGGAGGCUAGAUAUUUGAAUGCUACAUGGCCCCCCAUGCCUUGUCCUGCCCAAGCUAGCCUCCUGCCAAAAGUGAUGGUGGAGGACAUUUGUCGUCAGUUUCAAGAAAGAGUCAAUUGCCAGAUACCUUGGCUUCUGUACAUGGAAAGAGAAACCUGACUUUGUCCUUCAACUCAGGGAGCAAAAUAAUUGUGUGCAAGCCCCCAGAUUUGCACAUUAUCCUGUUUGACUGGAGCCCAGAUCCUCCAUUAAACACAUUUUUCAGAAUUAUUCAUUUCAAAAGCAAUGCUGGGUUGUGAGAUCCAGACAUAAAAGCCCAUGAGUCAUUUCUCCUGUCUGGGCAAGUGUGGAGCUUAGUCUUUCUCUAGUCUACCAGCCAGUAUCUUCUUCAACUUUUCUUGCCUUUACCUUCUGUGUUAUUCAAUCUCUAUACCCCCACCCUGAUCUGCCAAUGUCCCUUAAUAUCAUCUUGCAGCCGGUAUAGAGUGCAAUGUAAGACUUUAACAUUUAAGCCAAUAAAAUAAGACUUUAUUCCAAAAUAACAAAAUAAAUAAUCUACUGUACACAUUACAAA